AUGACCUCGCAGAGCACUGAAUGUAGAGGAAACGAUCAUUGGGAAGAGCGUGAAUGUACGGCAGCAGUGUGUCGCAAUGGAGUCACACUGGACGCAUUUCUACCAGAUGCUGUUGUCAAAACUCCGUUCCGAGAAGUGAAGGAGUUGGCAAAAGUGAUAACUUUGUGGGAUUCCGACGAAAAAGUGAAGAUAAAAGAAACACUUUCGCGGAAGGACCCGUACAGUAUACCCAUAUUAGCAGAGAAGAAAGGACGGCGGAAAGCCAUUGCAGCUUUGACAAAGAGCUGUCCUCAUCGGCAGCAAGCAAUGAAAGAAACGCUUGGAAUGCUCAUGUAUUCUGGGUACCGAGGUAUGUUCGCGCAGCUUGAUUCGUUUGCUGAAGCAAACGAAGAAGUCCGAGCAGAAGUGAACCGACCCAAAGGCGCAGCAAAAGCAAGAGUUCGAACGAUGCAGAGGAAACGAGGACGAGAUGCCGUGGCCAAAACUACUCAGUAA